GAGGCGCCCGCGAAGAGGACGGGGAGAUGAGGAAGACAACAUAUGGGGUACUGGGCGCCGCGUUGUGGAAGAGUUAGGUAGCGAGAAUGAGAUGGAUACACAAGGCACUGAUUUGGUAACGACUUCUGGUAAUAGGCGGUUUGCCAGUGAUCCACUUCGGUUUACUGGAAUAGAUUUGAGCAGCGGUAGCCAGCCACGGAACGGUUAUGCUUAUCAGCAUUCGGACGACGAAAACGACUCAACGGAAGACGACUCGGAGGUGGCAUCUGAAGAGGAGGAAGAGGAGGACGAUGAGAACCAAGCGCUUAGAAGGGAGCUUGACGAGGCUCUAGUACAGUCAGCCCUUUCAAGGAUACGGAGAGCCCAAGCCAAGGGCAAGCCGGAUGUUAAGCUGAACAAGGAGGAGCUUGCGGCGCUUGAACGAAGACGAAAACGUUUACAGGCUGAAGCAGAGGCAGCAAAACGACGCGGUAGAGGUGAUCGGAAACGCAAGGAAAAGGAGCAGCGAUAUGCUGUUCCCCUUUCGCAAUUCGAUGAUCCUCAAUCAGGUUCAGAGCAAAAUCAACUUGCCCCUCCCAUGGGACGCUUCCCUCCACCUAACGCCUCACAUUCACGUCCUCGUUCGGGCGCAUCAUCUACAUCCUCUACUCGUCGUCCUCAGUCUAUAGUGCGAGACUCUCCUCCUUUCGAUUAUCAAUACGUACAUGCACCCCCUAAUCAACGCCACGCCUCGGAUCCCACAGCAAAGCCUUCGUCUUCACGUACAGCCCUUACAGAAACCAGAGAUCCCUUCCUGUAUCAAACUGCGGGUCCACGUGCAUUGUAUGCUGAUGGGGUUGCGGCCGCUAGACUAGACGCAGCGGGUAGAACUGCUCCUGCAGAUAGGAGUAGCUCGAGACAUCCCAGAAGGGAUGAGAGGAAUGGGCGCGAACAGGACGAUGAGACAACUAGUGACGAUGGAGCCAACGACGGACGGCCUUCAAGAGGAAGGCGUCGAGGCGAAAUUGUGAUGCAAACAUCCCCUUCACCCGAACGUACCAAGAGUAAAAAGUCUUCGCCGCCCAUUGCAGCUGCGAAACGGAAAACGGUUGCCCCUAAAAAAAGGAAAGGCAAAUAAAGCAAGUAGUCUAGUUAUUCUAAUAAGUAAAACAUGCCCGCGUAAUAGAGUAUUGAUAUGCCAAAGAAUUCAUCAACUUGUUUGAAAUUUCCUACAAUAUUUAUCAUAGUCUCACUU